UUAGAACAGCGCAUUUUGGGAGGUGCAUUCUUCCUGGUCUGUAGCUGCGUGUUUAGGGUGGUCAAGAAAGUACAAGUGUGUAGAUGGGGGUGCUGUCGGCGUUGGUGCGGGGACUGGUGCGGGGGGCAGACAGGAUGGCGGAGUUCACCAGCAAGCGGGGCCCGAGGACCCUCAACAAGGGCAGAGGGGCGCGGCCAACCGGAGUGGUGACCUCCAGCCGGAAGUUUGUGCGGGUGAAGGAGAUGGUCCCAGAGCUUGUGGUGCCCUCCCUGGAGGGAUUCAAACUCAAGCCCUACGUGUCCUACCGCACCCCCGCCGGAACGGAACCCGCCCUCACCCCCGAGUCGCUGUUCUCCCAGGCCGUCGCCCCGCAGAUCCAAAAGGACAUUGAGGAGGGCACUUUCAACCGCGAACAGCUGGAGAAGUACGGGUUUGAACCCACGCAGGAGGGGAAACUCUUCAAGCUGUACCCCAAGAAUUUUGUGUGCUGAGGAGGCGUUCCUGUGCCUCAGCGUGCAGGACUUUAAUAACAGCUGACAGAGUCCAUCAGUAAUGGUGAACAAGGACACCACAGCUGUGUUUAAAAAGUGGAGAGUGCCACUGGACCCACUCCUGGGCACCUGUUUGGUGUUGGGGGUAUCGUCGCAGCCAGUGUAGCUAUUCAGCAUGUUUGACAUAGGCGUAUUCAUGUAUGCUUGGUCCAUCAGUGUCUGGAGCACUGGAAACCCUAGUUUCUUUUGUGAAAUGUGGACUGACAUGCUGUUCUGCUCAAAGUCUCCGAUGGUGUUUUCAUUACAAAUAAAGACUGAUAA